AUGUCGCUCGGAGAACGUGACAGCGGCUACGAGAACCCAGCCUUAGAGCUGACGGUAAAUGACUCCUGGUUGCAGAAGGCAGCUGUGCCGUUUUCCAAAACAAGGCGGUUUUGCAAGGCUCACGCCAACAUACUCUGCAAGAUCGUCUUGGGUGUCUUGGCUGCAGCUUACCUGGCCUACUUCAUCGCAGCCUGUUGGCUGGACUUCCGACGAGCUGUGGCCUUGGUCGUUCUAACGUGCCUGGCAGCCUUCCUCGGGCUCUACUCCCUGGUCAAAAAGUGGUGCAGGGCGGCGAUCGCCCGCGGGCUCAGCCCUAUCGGGAAAUGCUUCCGGAACUCGUGGUCCUGGCUGAAAUGGGUGCUGUGCAUCAUCAUUUUGAUCGGUCUGAUCACGUGGCUGGUUCUUGACAUAUCCCAAAGGCGAGAGCAGUUGGUGUCUUUGGGGGGUUUCUGCGCAUUGGUCCUGGUGCUCUUCGCCUGCUCCAAGCACCACAGGGCUGUAUCCUGGAGGGCUGUGUUCUGGGGGCUCAGCCUGGAGUUCCUCCUUGGGCUCUUCAUCAUCCGGACGGAGCCAGGAUUUCAGGCUUUCCAGUGGCUCGGCGAACAGGUCCAGAUCUUCCUGAACUACACCACGGCAGGUUCCCGAUUUGUCUUCGGAGACCAACUGAUUCAAAACGUUUUCGCCUUCCAGGCUUUGCCCAUCAUCAUCUUCUUCAGCGCAGUGAUGUCUGUCCUCUACUACCUGGGAGUCAUGCAGUGGAUAAUCCUGAAGCUGUCUUGGAUCCUGCAGAUCACCAUGGGCACGGCAGCCACGGAGUCGCUGAGCGUGGUGGGGAAUAUAUUUGUCGGGAUGACGGAGGCGCCGCUGCUGAUCCGCCCCUACCUGAUGGAUAUGACCAAGUCGGAAGUUCAUGCUGUGAUGACCGGCGGCUUCGCUACUAUCGCCGGCAGCGUGUUGGGAGCCUAUAUUUCAUUUGGGAUUGACGCCUCGUCCUUGAUCGCAGCAUCGGUGAUGGCUGCCCCCUGCGCUUUGGCAAUGGCUAAGCUCGUCUACCCAGAAGUGGAAGAGUCCAAGUUCCGGAGCCGGGAGGGUUUGAAAAUUGCCUGUGGAGCAGAGCAGAAUAUCCUGGAAGCCAUCGGCAACGGCGCUUCAGUUUCUGUGGGCCUGGUGGCGAACAUCGCCGCCAAUCUCAUCGCCUUCCUGGCGGUGCUGGAGUUCAUCAAUGCCACGCUUGCCUGGCUGGGGAAUCUGGUCAACAUCGCAGGACUCUCCUUCCAGUUGAUCUGCUCCUAUGUCCUGAUGCCCCUGGCGUUCUUGUUAGGGGCCAGCUGGGACGACGCGGGCCUCGUCGCGGAGAUGCUGGGAAUCAAGCUCUUCCUGAACGAGUUUGUGGCCUACCAGCAGCUGUCAACUUACAGACAGCGACGGAUGGAUGGACGUCCCGAGUGGGAUGGGUCACAAAAGCAAUGGAUUUCUGUGAGAGCUGAAACCAUCACCACCUUCGCCCUGUGUGGGUUCGCCAACCUGAGCUCCAUCGGGAUCAUGCUGGGUGGCUUGUCCUCCCUGGCACCGCAGCGCAAGAGUGAAUUUUCCAGCAUCGUCCUCCGGGCUCUGUUCACAGGAGCCUGCGUUUCCCUCAUGAACGCGUGCAUCGCAGGUAUCCUGUACGUGCCCAGGGGGGAAGUGACCGAUUGCGUAGGUUUCUUCAACGCGACAGACCUCAGCUCUACCAGCUAUCCUGUCUAUGUUUGCUGCACAGACCUCUUUGGCAGAUUCACGUACGACGGUUCUGCCUGGGAAUUCCUCUUGUCGGGAGUGAGAAGCACAGCCUGUGGCAGGAAGACCGUUCUCGACAUCUACCACAAACCGAGGAGGUGCCACGUGGCAGUGCCGCGGGCAAGAAAAUACCUGAGGCUCGCAGGGUCCAACAUGGCUGGGUUCACCGUCCAUCUUUUUCUUCUCUUCUGA